AUGGAUCCAGAUUCAGAUAUAGAACCUGGUGGUUCGACGGCAAAUCGCGGGCCUGCCGUCCUGGCCGUCACAACAGCAACUCUGGUCCUUGCCUCGGUCUUCGUCUUCGCGCGCAUGAUCUCUCGCUACUUCAUCGUCAAGAGAUUCACUUGGGACGAUAGAACCAUCCUCUUAGCGUGGCUCAUCUCCUUCUUCUUGUCCUUUACCAUCUGCUUCGGCGUCGCCAAUGGACUCGGCAAACACGACGCCGACAUCCCUCCAUCGCAAAUACCCACUCUUCGCCGCUGCGAAUAUGUCUUCUCUAUUCUUUAUAAUCCGGCCUUGAUGGCUACGAAAACGAGCAUCCUCAUCUUCUACUUACGCUUGGCUAGAAACACCCAAAUGGUCCUGCGGUUCGCUUCGUGGCUCACCCUCGUCAUUGUCAACAUUGCAGGGGUUGUCCUCACGUUCAUGAAUAUCUUUCAGUGUACGCCUGUGCAAGCUGCUUGGAACGCAAACUACCAGGGCUCGACGAAAUGCAUCCCCCUACUCACCGAAUUCAUCUGUUCUUCUCCCGUCAACAUUGUCACCGACCUUGCUAUUCUUGCGCUGCCGAUCCCUGUCUUGACUGGCAUGCGGCUACCCUCGCGGCAAAAGACCAUCCUCGUAUUUACCUUUACGCUUGGUAUCUUUGUUGCCGUCGUGGAUGUUGUCCGAAUCUACUACCUUCAGCAGGCCAUCGCUGACGUUCCUACUGGAAUCACCUCUGAUCCUACCUCGAGGUUUGGCGGCCAAUCCGACUUUGCCUACAAUGCGUCGCUGGCGCUCAUGUGGAGCGCCGUUGAGGUCAAUGUGGGUACAACCUGCGCCUGCAUUCCUACCUUGAAACCUCUCGUUCUGCGACUUCUGCCCUCCAUGCUCUACAACCCCAAGAACAAGAAUGAGACUAGAACCAGCCCGGGCACUACCAGUGAUAAGAGCCAGAGCCAGCGGCCCUCUGACAACCAGUCGCUGGCUAACAAUAACGCAUCGGGAGUGAUCAAGCCAGAACCCGUUGCCCACGGUGCCCUUGGGGGCCGACAGCACGCCAGCCCUGGUCCGGAUGCGCCCAUGAGUGCCAUGGAAUUUCUGACCACUCCCGAUAUGACGACGCUUGGCGACCGUCUCGCCCCCCCGGCUAGUUCUUCACCCAACCGCUCUGCUAACCGGUCUCGCACCACUAAUACGGUCUCGACCGAUCAUUCCUACGAGAAUGGCAUAUACUUUGGGUUCGUCAACAUGACCAAGCCCAAGAGCAUGCUUCGAGCCAACAAGAAGGAGUCCUGGAAGUACUGCACCAUUGUGGCCAUUCUCUUCUUCCUGUGGGGUAUUUCGUACGGAUUGCUCAACACGCUCAACAAUGCGAUUGCUGCGGUGAACCACAUGAGCACAGCUCAGACGAUUGGCCUGACGAGUGCUUAUUUUGGCGGCGGCUACUUCUUUGGUCCCCUGCUUGUUGGCGAGUGGAUUCUGCGACGAGACGAACAUAGCCGAUCCAAGCGCCAUCGCGGAAAUGACGAAAACAUUGGGGGCUACAAAGCGACAUUCAUCACUGGCUUGUGCAUUUACGGCACUGGCACCAUCAUCUUUUGGCCUUCUGCCGUGACCAAUUCUUUUGGUGGCUUCAUGCUCAGCAACUUUGUCGUUGGCUUCGGACUUUCGGUGCUCGAAGUCGCUGCCAACUCCUUCAUGGUACUCUGCGGGCCUCCGCAAUACGGCGAGACUCGCCUUAUGCUGGCGCAAGCCGUACAGGGCGUCGGCAGCGUGCUCAGCGGCCUCUUGGCACAAAAGGUCUUCUUCACGUCGCUGAGCAGUGCCGAUCCGAGCGGCCGAAACAGCAGCACCACGCUGAUCAAUGUCCAGUGGACAUACCUUGGCAUCACUCUGCUGUGCGUCGUGCUCGCCCUUUUCUUCUACUACAUGCCGUUGCCCGAGGUGAGCGAUAGCGAGCUUGAGGAUUCUGCGAAGCUGCUGCCCGUUGAUCCGUGUAAGAAGAGCAUUGGCGGUCUGCAGCUGCGAACCAUCAGUCUCGUUCUAGCCGUCAUGGCCCAGUACAUGUAUGUGGGUGGCCAAGAAAGCAACAGCACCUUUUUCAAUAGUCUGCUCGUUUCUGUUAUACCUGGUCAGGCCAAGUCUGGCAUGCAGGCUACCACCGGCACCGUCACUGGGGCUGCGGUUGAUCCUGAUCAUCCUAUGGGGUUCACCCUUUCUCUCUCUGAUUACCUGACGGUUGGACACACGGUUUUCGCCGUCUCGCGGUUUGCUGCAGCAUAUUUCAUUUACUUGUCUGUUAACAAUUCUCGGCUGCCUCAGCCACGGACUGUCCUCAGCUUCAGCAUCAUUCUCUGUUUCAUAUCGGCUCUCCUGUGUGUCCUCCUGCAGCCCUCCAACCCAAAUCUUCUAUUCAUUCCUGCUUGUUUGUUUUUCUUUGGCGAAGGCCCCAUUUGGCCCCUUAUUUUCGCCAUUGGCAUGCGUGGCCAAGGCAGGAGAACCAAACGGGCGGCCGCCUUUAUUACCAUGGGCGCUUCCGGUCCUCUGUUUUCCCCCUUUAUCAUGUACGGCAUUAUUGUACGGGGCGGCACUGUGCAGACGGCUUUUAUACUCAUUGUAGCCAUGCAAGUGGCAAUGAUGGCUCUGCCGAUUUUCCUCACCUACGUCAGGGAUGCCCGCCUGAUGGUGGACCCGCGUCCAUCACGCCGUGUGAUGCGGAAGGACGGAGAGCGUCCCAUGGACGAGGUGCUUGCUGACGUGGUGGUUGCCGAACCGGAGCCUCGCGGUACCGAUUCUGCUACCAUUACUGUUGAUUUUUUCAGAGAAACUGGAGCUGCGGAAAAAUCUCACCGCGGAUUCCUGGACAUUGUUUCUAAAGGGUUGGGCGCAAAGCUAAACGGGGCUCGACGCAAGUCUUCGCCUACACUCGAGGUAGAACAUAGCGAAGGCAGCAUCGAAGCUUAG